AUGUACGAUGUCGCUGAAUCCAGACUACGUUCAGUAACAAAACGUCUAUUAAAAGAAAACAUCUACGACGUGUACGAUGAUGUUUUGAGACAGUGGCAAAGAGAAGGUAUAAUUGAAGCUGUACCGCAGGACGAAAUUUCGAAACCUGGUCAUUAUCUUCCUCACAGGCCCGUUAUCAAACCAUCAAGUGCUACAACUAAGGUUCGACCAGUCUUCGAUGCCUCCUUUAAACGACCAGGUUAUGCUUCUCUAAACGAAUGCUUGAGUGUUGGACCUAGUCUUUCGGAACAGAUUCCCCCACUUCUGUUAAGAUUUCGCAAUGGUUCUAUAGGAGUGAUUGCUGAUAUAAAACAAGCUUUCUUACAAUUGAGUGUCAAACCGGAGGAUCGUGAUUUUUUAAGAUUCUUGUGGUGGAAUUUCAAAGAUCGAUCAAAAUUAGAAUUCUGGAGACAUUGUCGAGUAGUCUUUGGAGUGACUUCGAGUCCAUUUCUCUUGAAUGCUAGUAUUCGUCACCACCUUAAUUCAAAGGAAUACCAACUUGAAUCUCUUCAGCCGAUUGUCGAGAAACUUAAGAAGGGUUUCUAUGUAGACAAUUUGACUACCAGCGUUGAGGACCAAGAAGAGUUGAUGGAGUUCAAGACUCAGACGAUGAAGAUAAUGAAUGCUGCUUCGUUUGAAUUAAGAUGUUGGGCUCACAGUGGAGAUCAGAACCAGGAAUGUCAAAAUGCUCUUGGUCUCGAGUGGGAUACAAAGACUGAUGAGCUGUACUGUGUUGGUCCUGAUAUAAGUUCCGUUGAAGUUGUAUCCAAGAGAAAAUUACUUUCCGUUGUUAACGGCAUAUACGAUCCUGUGGGUUUCACAUCUCCUGCGACACUGUUACCAAAAUUGUUACUCCAAGAGGCUUGGCGCAAUAAGUUGGACUGGGACGAACAGUUGCCUUCCGAAAUGCAGUUACGCUAUCAACGAUGGGCAAAGCAUUUAGAUCUUAUCCAGAAAUGUAGGAUCCCUCGUAGGAUAUUGCAUGGAACUUUCGAAAGGGCCAGUGCCUUUCUACGAUGUGGAGAAGAGGAAGAAGUGAGAGUCUCAUUAGUUUCAGCAAAGGCUAGAGUAGCUCCUCUUCAGAUACCAACAAUUCCACGAUUGGAGCUUUUAGGAGCCGCUAUUGGAGCUAGAAUUGCUUCAACAAUAUUAGAAACAUUUAAUUUGCCUUUAAAGACGUAUUUUUGGACAGAUUCCAUGAUAGUUUUGGGAUGA